AUGGAGGAAUUCGUCCCCCAAGACCAAAGAUUCAGUGUGUCUGGGGAAUCCAACCAGCCCUUUCCACCCCUGUCAGUUGAUAACCUUGACAGCCCAGAGGAGAGCUAUGCGCGAGACGGGAGUCUAGUCUCUCUCGGCUACGACGAGAUCGAGGUAGAGGAUGACGCUGAUUUCCAAUCCCAUUACUCCCUUGAGCACCAAUCCUCUUCAGAUUCAGAUGAUGAAGACUUGCCAGAUGGGAUUGGGAAACACCACCCUUUUCGACAGUCCUCGAGCUCGCUCUACGGCCCAAAUGCCUUUGCGCCGCCCUUCUACAAUCGCCCGCCGACUCCCCUACCCCCAUCACCUUCACUGACUUCGCUUCUCCGUCCACCAUUUUCAACCACAACCUCGCGUCCAACCACCCCUGACAGCUCGGAUGUUGAGACUCCCAACGAUACCGAGGCCGCCGUGGCCAAGUCCGCUCGCCGUGCAACCACCGUUCCGCGCGCCAGCCCGAAGGUGCCCACCUAUGAAUACUAUGGGUUUGUGUUAUACCUGGCAUCUUCGCUAGCCUUUCUCAUCUAUGUUCUUUGGUCCUAUCUUCCAUCCCCGUUCCUUCACCAGCUUGGGAUUUAUUACUACCCCAACCGCUGGUGGUCGCUGGCAAUCCCAUCCUGGCUGGUGAUGUUGCUCAUUUACAUCUACGUCGCGCUCGCCACAUACAACACUGGGUAUCUCACUCUGCCCAUGAACAGCAUCGAGAAUGUUGUCGACGAAGUCGCCAAUGUAGCGGUCAUUGACGGCAAAGCACGGCCACGACCCGGUGGGGCAGCUAAGAUGAAGCCCGGCGCGACCUCGUAUCAAAUCAUGGGGCCCCAGAACCGCAAAGUCAAUUGGCAGGGAAUUUGGAGCGAGAGCACCGACGCGGUCAUGGAUGUGCCGGUGGGGGGCGUGUGUGAAGUUUUGUAUGGCCAGGAAAGGGAGGACAACCUCGCAGAUUAA